AUGAGCCCCCGCGUGGUCCUCCUCUUCCUCGCCACCGCCCUCCGCCCCUGCGCCGCCCUCGUCCGCCUUCACUCCGCCACUUUUUCCUUCACUUUCCUCGACGCCCCAGCGCGAUUUGGGCCCCGAGUGGGCGGCGAUGGGAUCUGCGGCUCGCUUCGCGCCGCUGAGCCGGCCGAGGCGUGUGAGCCCAUCAAAGACCGCGGCGGCCGCCGCGGCGCGGGCCGGAAGGCUUUCGUGCUGAUCGCAAGGGGCAACUGCAGCUUUGAGGAGAAGGUUCGGGCGGCGCAGCAAGCGGGGUUCGACGCCGCCGUCGUGUACGACGAUGAGGAGAAAGCCAGCCUCUACUCCAUGGUUGGUGAAUCUGAGGGCAUACACAUACCUGCGAUAUUCGUUUCCAAGAUGGCUGGCGAAACACUAAAAAAGUUUGCCAGGGGUGAAGAUGAUGAGUGCUGUAUUAACUUAUCGAUGGAUGAGACUGCAGGGACAGUGUUGGUAAUGUCAUUCGUGUCACUUGUUGUCAUCAUAUCAGUUUUUGCUUCUUUUCUGUUUGCUCGAAACUGCCGACUUCUACGCCAUGGAGUUGAUAAUCACCCAACUUACGUCAAGAAACAUGUGGUGGAAAAGCUUCCUUGCUCAGCAUACAGUGCUUCCUGUUCUAGUGAAGAUAAUUUUCCGGAAGCUUGUGCAAUUUGCUUAGAAGACUACAAUAAUGGUGAUAUGCUUAGACAUCUCCCAUGCAAACAUGGGCCCACGCGUCAUACACAUGCAUGGGAUGGGAGAGAGAAAGCUAAGAGCGUUCUUCUUGCCUCAUGCGUGAACGCCAAGGCCGAGCUCGUGGGGCUUGUGGGCAACUCGGGUUGGAAGGAGAGGUGCAAGGAGAAGGUCACGGGAAAGAGAGGAGAGCGAGGUGAUGCUCAUGAGCCGCACACCUCACCCCAUGCGAGUAAAGGUCAACUCGACCUGCAUGCAGCUUGCUUGCAGACAGAGCAAGGAAGUUAA